AUGUCAGUCCUCCGACAUGGAGGAGGCGGGGGCUUCCUUCAGCGCCGCCUCACAAAGCUAUAUACCGAUACGAAAACCUCAUGCGAAAGUGUUACAACCGCAUCAAAGGCUCUCGAUGACCCUGAGCUUGUUGCUCUCCACGGGAGUUUCCAGAAACAGAGGGACCGCUUGCUGGCAUGGGGUCUAGAUUGGAGCGACGCGAGCGCCGCGCAGCCCAAUGAUAUCGAUGAAUCUUUGACUGCCGCAGGAUUUAGCGAUGUUGUCGAGAGUGUCAUGUCAUCCAUCCAAGAACUCCUCAAUGAUGCCGAACAAGUCCAGCAUUUGGAUGCACCUAUGCUGCCUCCCAAGGACAGAAAACUCGAUCUACCAUCAAAGGAUACCCUUGGUAGCAGACCACUUAAAACGCAAUGGACGGAGCAAGACAUAACUCGAUCGAAGACGAUUUUGAACGAACUCACUGGUUGCAUCGAUACUCUUUAUGACCUUUCACGCUCCCGACGAACAAUGGCUUCCAGCAUGUCAUCCACCAGGAACAGUGCCCGCCGCCCACGACCGAACCCAACCUCGCCCUACGAUUCCUCGCAUGGCUCAUUUUCUGAAUCGAAGGAGAAAGUACAGAGCCCGAAGCAAAUGUUUGGCCCAUUCACCUACUCCCCAGCGACACCGCACCGUGAUUCGCGUAACCCCUUCCUGCCAUCGGACCAACUCCUUAUAGAUCGAUCGGCUCUACAAUUAUAUGGAGCGGCCCACGAUAACAGCCCACCACCAUAUGAACCUGUCGCCGCGUCUUCCAAUUCGCGUGCUGUCGGACGCUUGAAGUCCUCGGCAUCACCUCUUCUUGCCUCUACAAAAGAGUCCCAUGUCUCAGUGCUCGUUGAGUUCAUGCCUAUCUUAGCUGAGUCAAACAUGGAGAAUAGGAGCUCUCGAUUGGAAAAGCUUCAGAAGUCCCUUGAGCAAUUGCUGCAGAAUGCCAGAAUCUCCCAUUUGGGGUUGAUGCGGUUUUUGGGUUACUGCAUUGAUAACUCGAAUGCUCGUUAUGCUUUUCUUUAUCAAAUGCCGGUUGACUAUUUCCCAUUCCUACAGAAUCCAAGUGAUCUGUUGAAAGAGUUGAAACCUAAGCCGUUGGUAGCUCUUCUUCCUUCAGCAGAGGAAUACCGGGAGAACCGAGUUCCGAAUCUCGACACUCGUUUUCGGUUAGCGUACGACCUUUUGAUGUCGGCUCUCCAUUUGAGAAGCCAGAAUGCGGUUCAUGGAAACGUAAACAGCAGCAACGUGAUCUUUUUCCCUGGCAGAAGUGAUGCUAGUGACGAUGAGAGCGGUCUUGCACCGGAUCUUCGUCGUCCUUAUCUCACUUCUCCGGCGCGGUUCUCCGGAGAUGGACCGACUCCCGAGCCGUUAUCUUCUGCAAUGUAUCGUCAUCCAGAGGAUAAGCGGUCAGUCGAAGAUGAUGGUGCCUGGGCCUAUGAUCUUUACUCACUAGGCCUCAUCUUAUUGGAGAUAGGGUUAUGGGCACCAGUUGGACGGCUUUGGAAGCCGAAGUACGACCGCUCGUGGUUCAAGCAUCGCGUGGAAGACCUCUAUGUCAAGAAGCUUGGCCCAAAGUGCGGUGGUGCUUAUCAGCAAGCAGUUCAGCUAUGCCUUGAUGCCCCAAACUUCCAUUUGUCGACACAACCGAUGACCGAUCUUGGCCUUCGUGUGCCCCAAAUCUACCAUUACCCGGUGCUUGACUUGUCAGAUCCUGAUGGUACCUUCUCUUUCUCAAUGAAUUUCAUGUACACAAUUUGCAAAAUUCUGUGGUCAUGUUGCCGGAUCGAUAUCUUCUCGGCACCCUCGGCGGAGGAACUGGAUGACUGCCUUCCACUCGCCCUUGUGCCUACUCCAGAGCCAGUGACCAUUCGGGACAAAGUGAACGCAUACAAGUCAUCGAAGCGUGAGAUGUCCAAUCUAGACACUAAGCUCUCCACAAUCCCGGGUGAUACAUGGGGUAUCAUCAAUGAAGACAGGAGCUUCGAAAAGCCACAAAAGAAACGUACCGUGAAGAGGCUUCCGAACUUGGAAAUACCCGACGAACACCUACAAGAAUGGAAUUUUCAAAUCAUGCCACGAGUGAGUCGUCUUCUUCAGAAGAUCUUGAAAGGGUCUUCCGAGUCGUGCGGCGUAAAUCUCAUAAUGACUGGCGAGUCGCCUGAAAGUGCUAAAACGACAAUCUGUGUCACCUGCGCUAGUGUGAAGAAAGUCAGAAUGGCUCUCAAGAAGCACUUCGCUCUUGGUAGAGACGAUUGGGAUUUGAUUGUCCUCCGUGGGGAUAUUGAACGCUCCAAGGUUCCCCGGAAUAGACGCCGGAGGCCAGCCAAGGCUCGCCCAAAUGCAUCCAAUGAUACGCCCUUUCGCCAGCGAGAGCUCAACCCAUGUCACCAACAGCGACCUCUGUGCGGGGCAUCCAUUGGUGCGUUUCAAAACGAGGAGCAUCUACCCCCCGUCUCAUACGGAGGAGCCGUCUUCGUCGAUGGCUUACCUUAUGGCCUAACUGUUCACCAUAUGUUGGAGGCUCCAAGCGACGAUGAGGGCCAAGACAAUGAUCCUGCAGAUUUCAACCAAGACGCCCCUUCGAGAUCCUCUAGUAACUGGCCUCCUGAUCCACCAAAUAUCCCUCAUCCUGGGUUAAUGUACGACUAUCCAGAGGAUGAGUCGUCUGAGGAGAACUAUGAUUUCGAAAUUUCGGAUCUGGAGGAUGGCGAUGAUCCAUCACAUGGCCUCGAGUCUGGAUAUGAUGAGUUCUGGCUUUCCGAUGAAGAUUCAUCAGAUGACGAAUCUCUCGGUCCUGAUGAGGUCGAUGAUGAUGCUGCGUCUAUUGGCGAUACUGCUGGUGUUGAACCGGGCGAAGAACCUCGGCUGCUUGUCACACAACCAGCUAUUGACGACGUACAUGAAGACUUUUUUCCCUCCCCGGAAGAUCGUGACGACGAGCACUUAGCCUCACACUCCUUGGGUUUUGUUCAUGCAUCCUCUGGAAUAAGGCGCUGGACCCGAAAUGGGCUGAAACACGAAAUCGACUGGGCGCUCAUCAAAGUUGACGAUGCCCGUAUGGACCCUCGCAAUAUCAUUCUCGAUACUACCAGAUCCAGUAGCGCGCGCCCAGGACGUCCCAUACCACCACAACCUAUUUUCCUGAAUCAAGUAGCUCGGAUGGAGGAGCUAGGUGGUUUGCAAGUUCAUUGUUGCGGUCGUACAAGUGGACUACAGACAGGGCAAAUAUCCAAGGCCAUGACAUUGGUCAAACUUCACGGACGACAUUCUUUUUCAACCAGCUUUUGCGUCAAUGGGAACUUUGGAGCCCCCGGCGACUCUGGUGCAUGGGUUUUUGACCGUCCCACCGGCCGUGUCUGCGGCCACGUUCUCGCCUGGUCUGCAAAAAGCAAUACCACCUACAUCUCCCCGAUGGAGGUGACGUUCGAGGACAUUGCCCGGACCCUCGGCGCCUCCCUUGUCUCCCUUCCUGGCGAUCCGAGCCGCUCGAUGGGUUACAUGAAUCCUACCUCCCCUCAAUACCGUUACCAAGCACAACGGCUCCCAGGGGACUUUGGCCGCCUGGCUCUUGGUGCUGGGGGCUCGCCUGGCCCACCUGUACCACCCCAUCCUCAUCAUUAUCUUCACCCUCAUCCUCAUCCUCAUCCUCAUCCUCACCCUCACCCUCACCCUCACCCUCACCCUCAUCCUCACCACCCGGGUUACGGUCGUCCCCCACCUCCUCCUCCACCCCCUCCUGGCUCCCGAGAAGCCCAUGGCCCGGUCUAUCGAGGACCUGUGCCUCCGAUCCCACCCUCUCUCCUUACCGGUCCACGCAACGUUGAGCGACAACUCGCUUGA